AUGCCGACAAAGUCGUCCUUCCCAGACAUAGAGAUCCCAAAUGUCGACCUGUGGGCAUUCAUCUUUGAGCGAAAGGAUCGUGACUUUUCGGACGACCAAGUAGUGAUAUUCCGAUCCUGCAAUUCGGAUCGCAAAUACACAUUCGGCGAAGUCAAAGCAGCGGCGACAGCAUUUGGCGAGGGACUCUGUAACUUAUGGGACUGGCAACGAGGAGAUGUGCUGAAUAUUUAUGCUCCGAAUGACAUCGAUGUCGGCCCUAUAGUUUUCGGCCUCUACUUCGCUGGUGGCAUUGUCUCUCCAGCAAAUCCUGGCUACUCUCCUGACGAGCUGGCGUUCCAGUUGAAGAACUCAGGUAGUAAGGCGAUUGUAACCACCAAGGCAUUCCUUCCGGCAGCUCAAAAGGCCGCCGAGAAGGCUGGGAUCCCUACAGAUCGUAUCUUGCUGCUAGGUGAAGCAAAGGAUGAUACUCACCGCUUCAAGCACUGGACCAACAUCCGUAAGACAUCUGGCGCUUUGCGGUAUCGACGCAGAAAGGCAAAAGACCCUAGUAAAGACCUUGCUUUCCUUUGUUAUUCCUCAGGAACGACAGGGCUUCCGAAGGGUGUAAUGCUCAGCCACAGGAAUAUAGUGUCUGACCUGAGCCAGAUCCAUGGCGCGAUGGGAAAAUGGUAUUCAUCUGGCCAGGACAAAAUACUUGCGGUCUUGCCCUUCUUCCACAUCUAUGGACUCACGGGGCUGAUUCAUCAAUCGCUGCAUCGCGGCAUCGAACUUGUGGUAAUGCCGGGAUUCGAUCUCCAGCUAUUCCUCGAGACGAUUCAGAAGCAUAAAAUCACUUUCAUCUAUGUGGCACCUCCGGUCAUCGUCCGUCUGGCUCGAGAUGAGACAGUAUCUAAUUACGACCUCAGCUCGCUGAAGAUGAUCACUUCUGGCGCAGCUCCGCUCACUCGAGAGCUGGUUGACACUGUACACAAAAAGUACAAGAUCAAGAUCAACCAAGCAUAUGGGUUGAGCGAGACCAGUCCGAUGACGCAUACCCAGCCAUGGGAUGAGUGGUACUCGUCCGUCGGGAGCGUUGGCAAGAUAUUCCCAAAUAUGCAUGCUCGAUACGUCGAUCCCGACGGCCAAGAACUCGGACCUGGAAAGGUGGGAGAACUGUGGAUGGCCGGACCAAACGUGUUCCAAGGCUAUUGGAAGAACGAAGAAGCUUCAAAGGAGGCUUUGCAGACGAUCGAUGGCAUGAGAUGGUUCAAGACAGGCGAUGUUGGAUUUCAGGACGAGAAACACAACUUUUACAUCACAGAUCGAGUGAAAGAGCUGAUCAAAUACAAGGGAUUCCAAGUUGCGCCAGCAGAGCUCGAGGGCAAACUCAUGGAUCAUCCACUCGUCAAUGAUGUGGCAGUCAUCGGUGUCGAGGACAAAGAGAACCAUACCGAAGUCCCUCGAGCGUAUAUUGUUCAUGCCAAAAAAGGCAAAAAUGCUGGCGAUGCAGAGACCGAUGAGAUUGUGCAGUGGGUGGCAGACAAGGUUGCGAACCAUAAAAGGCUGCGUGGCGGGAUCAGAUUUAUCGAUGAAAUUCCCAAGAGCGCAAGUGGCAAGAUAUUGAGACGGGUGCUGAAAGACAGAGUCAAGAAAGAGACUGCAGGAAAGCCGAAGCUUUGA